UGGGCACAAUCGACACUACUGUUGCAGUCCAAGUUAUAGUGAGAGCUAGAGAGUAGAGACAUGGAAGGUGCUUACAUAUUUCAAUGUAUUUUCUUCAUUUUACUUGCCAUUUUCUCCUACUUCACAUUUAAACACAACAAUAAAGCCUCGAAAAUAAAAUCUAAGCUUCCUCCUGGUUCCUUGGGAUGGCCUUACAUUGGAGAAACACUCAAAUUAUUCUCGCAAAAUCCUUCUGUUUUCUUCGACUCCCGACAACAAAGGCAUGGUGAGAUAUUUAAAACGCACAUUUUGGGAUACCCCUGCGUUAUGUUGGCGAGUCCAGAGGCGGCUCGGUUUGUGCUGGUUACACAUGCUGAUUUGUUCAAGCCGAGCUAUCCCAGGAGCAAAGAGAUGCUGAUUGGACCUUCGGCUAUUUUUUUUCAUCAGGGAGAUUACCAUUCUCGGAUUAGAAAAUUGGUUCAGAACUCGCUCUCUUUGACUGUUAUUCGCAGUUUGAUCCCUGCUAUUGAGUCUAUUGCUCUUUCAACAUUAGAAUCCUGGUGUAAUGGCACCAUAAUCAGUACUUUCCAGCAGAUGAAAAAGUACACUUUUGACGUAGCUGUUCUGUCUGUCUUUGGGGAGUUGGACAGUAAGUAUAAAGACAGACUAAAGUAUAACUAUCAUAUUGUGGACAAAGGAUACAACUCUUUUCCUAUCAACCUCCCGGGAAAUCUAUUCCGCAAGGCUCUCCUAGCAAGAAGGCGGCUUGAAGGGAUGAUCCAUGAUAAACUUAUUGAGACGAGAGAGAAGAAAUGGGAACAGAUUAAUUUGUUGAAUUGUCUGUUAAACUACAAAGAUGAAAACGGAAAGUUCUUGACAGAUGAUCAAAUUGUGGAUAAUAUCAUUGGUGUUCUGUUUGCUGCUCAAGAUACGACAGCUAGUGUGCUAACAUGGAUUAUCAAGUACCUUGGUGAUCAUCCAGAUAUUCUAGCAGCUGUUGAGAGUGAGCACAAGGCUUUGUAUGUGUCGAGUGGAGGAACCCAAACAUCACUUACAUGGGCUGAUACUAGGAAUAUGCCAUAUACUCAAAGGGUGAUAUUGGAGAGUAUGAGGAUGGCGAGCAUUGUAGCCUUCACCUACAGGGAAGCUGCUGUUGAUGUUGAAUACGAUGGUUUUCUGAUACCAAAAGGUUGGAAAGUCUUGCCUUUAUUUAGAAACAUUCAUCACAACCCAGAGUUCUUCCCUCAACCAAAAGAAUUCGAUCCCUCAAGAUUUGAGGGAGUACUGAAGCCGAACACAUACAUGCCAUUUGGUAAUGGAACCCAUGCUUGUCCUGGAAAUGAGGUUGCAAAACUUGAGAUGCUUAUUCUGAUUUAUCAUCUUGUUAAAAAUUUCAGGUGGGAAUUGGCUAGCCCGAAAAAUGGAGUUGAAUAUGCGCCAUUUUUGAUACCUGAAGAAGGGCUCUGUGCUAAGUUUUGGAAGAAAUCUGACGCUCAAGGACCAGCACCAUCGCUUCAUAUUACUCAAUCUUAGACAAAUUAUGAUAUGCGCGCAAUAGUUUCCUGAGUUCUGUAUAAGGUUUAGUCCCCAAUUAGAUCAUUUGUUUAUAAAUAAGACCGGGAUUAAGUUUAUGC